AUGUCCAACCAACAUGAUGAGUUGGCUCAUCCGCACUUUGCUCUCAUCUAUAUCGACCGCGAUGGUAAUCUUCGACAUGAGGCGUCACCAUCUAUCGCCAAUAGUCGCGAAGCUAUCUUGUCCCCAAGAGUCACGGACGCAUUCUUGCAGGCUGUGGCUCGCUCCGGAGAAUCCGGCCCAUCGCGUUCUUCAUUUGAAGUGGAUUCGGGCGCAUCAGCCUCACCACCAAGAACAGCCUCUGGACAGGGUAUGCUUCCGACUCAAGUGAGUCAAGUGUCCCCCGGCACAGAGCCUAGAAACAUGGAAAGACACAGGCUAGUGGUACCCGCGCCUCAAGACCCGACCAUGUGGCCAGCGCAGCAGCAAGAGCACUGGCCAUCACAGUGGUCUCGAAGCCCACAAACACAACGAGCACAGCCAUGGAACGAGGAGAUCAGCAUUGCCAGCCCUAACAAGUCCCUCAUCUCUAUUCGGGACAAAGAAUUUUUGCGUCGAUACUAUGAGAAGGUUUUCCAAAACCUACAGCAGACGAACUGCCGUGUGCUGGCCAAAGCAUACGUCAAGCUGGUAGAACCACGCAAGCAAGUGAACUAUCCAUACAAUGGGCGCAAGAUUGUCGAUGGUCGGACACAACAACUCAAUCCAGAAGAGACCAAGCCGCCGUGGUGGCCAGUAGGGGUGAGCCACAGAGAGCCUGAUCACCUUCCCAAGGCCGAGCGAGUGAGACUACUUGUUUAUCUACUUUGCGAGUUGCGCACUACUUAUGGAAUCACCGCCCGGCGGCUGAGAGAGGCAGACCAGCCGAUUCGUCGUCAAAUCACCCCAGUCGAACGAUUACAAAUGAUGGACGAACUCUACGAGGUUAGAGAAGAAGAAGAGAAAUUCCUAGAUGGAAAAACAGACGGGAAAACCUUAGUAUCCAUCGCACGCGCGAACCUUCCUGACCCCGUAGAUUCACCAAGCAGCCGAAGAACCUCACCGAAUGAAGAGAAACCCACCCAAGAACCUCAUUACGAAACCAUGUGUAUUCGCAGUGGACCGACACGAACUCCGAAAGACCCCAAGACUACAUAUGCAGCGAGCGAUGUGUCCGCCAACGUGUCUCCAAUACCCCUUCCUCUCUCGCACAGUCCUAUCAAUUAUAUCAAACCCGAGCCCUCUAUAAACCGCGUCGGUGAUGCUACCCAGGCUGCCAUGGCCGCACAAGAUCUGAAGAGGAAACGUCAGUGUGUCGGAACGGGAGUUCCGGUCCCUACCAGCACUGCACCCAACCCCAGCCCCAAUCCAUUGGAGUAUUAUGCCCCAGUGUACGUGGGAGCACCACCGUAUAUGCCGGAAUCUUACCAUGAACUUCAUGGCUUUCCUGCACAAGCCGAAUCCACCCCAGCGCAACCCCCCCCCGAGUCAUUUGGAGAGGACAUGGACUCAUCCACAUUCCCUUUCUAUUUCCAGUACUAG